AUUGGUGCAGCAAUGUUAGGGCAGGAUGCCAGGUGCCUUCUUGCGGUGGCUGCAGCUUCAGGAAUAGCUACCCUCAUCCUCAUCCUUGUUCAAGUGAAGGACGUUUAUCUGCCUGCAAGAACCAAGAUCUCAUGAGCAUCUUGUAUGUUUCCUCUCCUCUGUCCUUCUUCCCAGGGUUUCAUGUUCCUUCCCUGUUGUCUCUUUCAUUCUUACUUUUCUAAGACUGUUGCAAAACUACCACUUCCUGAUUUCCCAGCCUCCGAUAGCUGAUAGCCGGUGAACAGCCCCACAGGUUUGAGCCAUUCCACAUGUGUCUCCAACUCCUGAGAGCUCUGUGAAUGUCACUGCAGGGGCGUGAGACUUGUUGUUUCACACCUCACUUCCCUUUCCAUCUCGGAACUUUAUCUAACUGCAAAACCCAAGGAAUAGAAACAAAGGCCUGGUUAAAGCCGGGCUGGAAGGUCAAGCCUGAAAGUGCAAUUCUUUGGAUGCAAGAGCUGAGAGCACAUACAGCAGCCCUUGUGCAGCAGUGAGCUCUGUGACCUCAUCUUCCCUCCCGGCUCCCCCUUCAGUAUGGGAUGGUGUUUGAUGCCGGCUCCUCGCACACGGCUCUCUACAUCUACAAGUGGCCAGCGGAUAAAGAGAACGGCACCGGCAUCGUCAGCCAGGCUGAGGCCUGCACCGUGCAAGGACCUGGGAUCUCCAGUUACGCUGACAACCCCACUAGGGCCGGAGCCAGCCUGAGGGCCUGUCUGGACAAGGCCAUGACGAUCAUCCCUGUGGAGCAACAGAGAGAAACGCCCACCUACCUCGGUGCUACUGCGGGCAUGCGGCUGCUGAGGGAGCAGAACAGCACAAAAGCCGACCUGGUCUUUGCAGAGGUCUCCAAGACCAUCCGGCAGUACCCUGUAGAUUUCCGUGGCGCUCGGAUCCUCACUGGGAAUGAGGAAGGAUCCUUUGGCUGGAUCACAAUCAACUACCUGCUGGAGACACUCAUCAAGUUCUCUUUCACAGGGACGUGGAUACACCCUGAGGCAGCUGCAGUUGUGGGAGCACUGGACCUUGGAGGAGCCUCGACCCAGAUAACCUUUCACCCUGGUCGGGCCAUUGAGGACAACAACACUGAAGUCCUCUUCUGGCUGUAUGGGACCAACUACUCGCUUUAUACCCACAGCUACCUUUGCUACGGAGAAAACCAAGCCUUGAAGAAGCUGAUUGCAUCCCUCAGAGAGGAGAACCUCACCUCUCAGCAGAUCUCCCACCCAUGCUACCCUAGGGGAUAUGAGGAGAACGUCACUGCCGCUGCCCUGUAUGACAGUCCCUGCGUCCCGGCACCAGCUGCACACGACCCCAGCCAGAUCCUCACGGUGCGGGGGACAGGAGCCCCAGCGGAGUGCAAGAAUGCCGUCCAGAAACUCUUCAACUUCACAGCCUGUGGGGCCAACAGGACGUGCGGGUUCAACGGGGUCUACCAGCCGCCGGAUCAUGGGCAGUUCUUCGCCUUUUCCGGAUUUUAUUCAGUCUUCCACUUUCUGAACCUGACCAGCAGGCAUCCCUUGAGUGACGUCAGUGCCACCAUCGAGCACUUCUGUGCUAAGGACUGGAAGGAGGUGCAGAUGGUGGAUCCUGGCAUGAACAAGACCCGCCUGCAGGAUUACUGCGCUGCCAGCACCUACAUUCUCACCCUCCUGCUGCAAGGCUACAAGUUUGACAACGAAACAUGGAGCAACAUCCAUUUCCACUGGCAGGUGGCUGCUGUGGAUGUGGGCUGGAGCCUGGGCUACAUGCUGAACCUCACCAACACAAUCCCCUUGGAGGCUCCCAACCGAGUGAAGGGGCAGCGGCCUGACCUGUGGGCAGCGGCUGUGGUCACCACCUGCCUCAUGCUGGCCAUGAUCCUGUGGACAGGCCUGGCUCUGUGCUAUCAGUGGCCCCAUGCCACCUAUGAGACUAUGCUGUAGCUGGCCAGUGCUCCUCAGGCUGGGGCCCUGCUGCCAUCAGGAGUCACACGAGGCUUUCCCCAGACAUCAUGCAGUCCUGUGUGUUAGACGUUUGUGGCCUUACAACCCAGUGCCCCUACUUGCAGCUGGAGGCAGGGUCUGGGAGAGAAACCCCUCCCCAGGGAGGGUAGGAACAUUGGGUUUGAAGGACAAAUGGCAUCUAUUGGCAAAUUGGUGACACUUUUCAGUCUAAUCUCAGCCCUGUGAGCUGUGCUGGCUUCCUGCUCUCCCCCAGCCCCCUUUCCAGUCAGCAAGUCCUGCUGUGCAAACAGAGUCUAUCCUGAGGAGGUGCUGCCGCCUCCUGCAGAGCCCAGUUGUGGUGGUGUGUGUGUGUGUGUGUGUGUGUGUGUGUGUGUGUGCGCGCGCCAUGGCCUACUGGAUUUGGGGUGCAGGGGAAGUUGGGGCUGGUGAGGCAGGAAGCAUUGGCUAGAGUGCCAGGAGACUCCAGGGCAAGGCGGAGGGAAUGGGAGUAUGAGUCUCCUCCUGGUCCAGGGAGCACCGGCUGAUAUAUUUGGAAGUGCCUGGAUGCAGGGGCAGCUGCAGCAGCUCUGCAGGGGCAGGGACUUGCCCUUUCGUGGUCACUGACAAAGGGCUGGUUGUGGCACACGGGGUGUUGGCUACAGCCUGGGUGUUUGGGCCAGGCUCCAGACACUGCCCUGGCUCAGGGUUACAAAAGGUUAAUAUGGCAGUGGUCAGACUCUUUUUACCCUCGCUUAUACAUGUGUAAGGGAGAGAGGAGAGGCAGGCACAGGUGCCACAUGGGAAAGCCACCCUGGCAUAUGAGGCUGCAAGUUGUGGGUUGCUGUGGGCGUUGCACAAAGAACUCAAUUUCCCAUCAAACCCAGACUGGGUGCCUCUUCCCAAGCUGAUCAUUGUGCCACCUUGUGAUUGGCUUUCAGCCUACCUGUGACAGGCCCUGCUAAAGUGAGUGCCCAGCCCAGCUCCCUCUCAGGAUAAGUGAGUGCCCAAGCAGCAGGACAUGAGUUAAUUACCACCUGGAUCUUCUAAAGGGUUAUGGGGGCUCAGGCAGGUAACAACGCCCAGAAGAGGCCCCUGGAGAAAGAACUCCUCAGGGCAGCAGGCUAGGAAUCUACCCCUGGUGGCCUGUCCUAGGGAACAGGGGUGCUGGGGAGAGGAACUGUCCCCAGAAAAGGGGAGGGCUUCUGGGGAGGAGUGGGGACUGGUGAGGAAGCACAGCGGGAAAGGAAGCCAAGAAUAGGGUUGGCAGUUUAGAUGGACAUGUUCCUGGAGGUUUCAUCACAGACAUAAUCUUUAAUUACCAAUGAAUCAUGAUUUUCUGGACACUCAACAAUCCUGGAGGGUUGGCAGCCUGAACCAAGGAAGAGUAUUCCUGGUGUGAAAGGCUCCAAAAGCAAAGGGGUAUGAAUGCCAAGUCUCAUUGAAGCCUUGUCUCCAUAGAAGGACUUCACCAGGUAGCAGUAGGCUCCCCAGCUGAGAGGAAUUAGAUGCUGCUCUGAGGAAACCAGGGGCAUUGUGGUUUAACUGCUAUGUGGCCCUUGACCCAAGAGGACCGAGACCCUUCCUGAGCUGAUGACAAGUGGCCCUGACUCCAGAAGAGGGCUCUGAAUCAUGAGGGACUCACUAGUCAGGGACCUGGACAUAAGUGGAAUUGUUGGACUAAAAUUAAUGCAGCCUCUUCCUGCACCUUAGGAUACUGGGUGGAGGCCUAUUUGGGUAAUGGUUUGCCUUUGGGUUAGAUUAAACUAGACCCCUGAAGGGACACUGCUCACUAUACAUCAAUCUCUUUAGCCUUAUUGAAAGUCCAUUAGGGGAAACUGAGGCAGAGAUGUAAUUAUGGCUCUGCAGAGGGUGGGGGGGCCCCAAGUUUGAGGGCCCCCAGUACAUACUUCCAAAUAACUCACUAAACAUGCUUGUAAAUAAAAUGAAAAUCCUGUGCUCGCCCGUUCUUUCUGGGUACCCCCAACACGCUCACAAGCACAAACGCUGAGGGGCUGCAGCGUGUGGCUACUGCCCGACAGGCAGCCGGAGAUGCAGCAUUCCAAAGCCCUGGCAAUUCCAGGCGUUUGCAUGUGGAGUUGAACCUCUGAACAAUGCAGUGGAGGUGGAUGUAGCUUGUAAACAACUGUGCCAACUGGAGGAGUAGUUCUGCAUCAGUGACUGCCUUGUAGUUAAAUGUAACGGCCCAAGAUUAUUUGGGGGAGCUGGAGCAGUUUGGGUUCAGGGGUCAGUGUAAGAAUAGUGCAGGUCUGUGAUGAGGCCCACUAAGGUGUGUAUGUCCUGGCUGAUGAAUGCACAAUGUGUUAUGGUUUCAGGCUGCUACCUGUGCAGUCAUUAAACCCUAUGGGCUAUAGGAUGCAGGAA